CGGCGUUAUGGCUUGAGGCUUGCAGCGAAGCAUCUUGGCUUGGACUUGGUUUUGGUUUGGUCGUCGUCUUCAGGCUACGGACGCCAAUUUGAUGAAACUUGUGGCAAUACACCACUAGUGAGCAUCUGGCGUGUGGAGGCUUAGCGUUUGGACGAGACGGCGACUACAGUUUCAUCAAAGGCUCUGGCUCCUGCUCGGAGCUGUCUACUCCUGCGGCCUGCUCGGAGCUGUCUACUCCUGCGGCCUGCUCGGAGCUGUCUACCCCUGCGGCCUGCUCGGAGCUGUCUACCCCUGCGGCCUGCUCGGAGCUGUCUACUUCUGCGGCCUGCUUGGAGCUGUGUAGACUUCUGCAGCUGGCUUGGAGCUGUGUGGACUCCUGCAGCCUGCUUGGAGCUGUGUAGACUCCUGCAACCUGCUCGGAGCUGUUGACUCCUGCAGCCUGCUCUGGGCUGUGGACUGCGGCCUGCUCGGAGCUGUGGACUCCUGCAGCCUGUUCGGAGCUGUGGACCCCUGCAGCCUGCUCGGGGCUGUGGACUCCUGCAGCCUGCUCGGAGCUGUGGACUCCUGCAGCCAGCUUGGAGCUGCCGACUGGAGCUGUUGACCACUGCAGCCUGCUUGGAGCAGCAUCAGAACUCUUGGGAGUUCUCAUCGGACUUGGACUAGUUCUAUUAGUCACAAGGUGAGGGGACAGUAAGAGGAAUUGGGUUGGAGUGUGUUUGCAGUGUAUUUUUAUAGAAAAUCAUAAAACCAAAUAGAAAAUCCAGUGUCAUUACUCAUUGUAUGUUAAUGUGUAUGUAUUAUUGGUAGGAAGUGUACAAUGCGUGUACUGUGUGGGUGCCUCGCGUGAAAUGUAGAUCGGAGUUGUAUAAUAAGGAGUAUUGCACUAAACCCGUCAUUCGCAGCUUUCCCUAUUUUGAAUUCACUGAUUUGUGCUGACUUAGAUGGUAACAUAGAGAGUAAGGCAACAUGUAUACUAGGGAGGAACUGGGAAAAUUGAAGGUUGAGGAUUUGCAGAGGGAAUUAGCUGGGAAGGGUCUGGAUACUACUGGGAAAAAGGCUGAACUGAUAGAUAGGUUGUGGGAUUUCAUCCAGCGAGAAAGUAAGUCUGCGGAAGAUCAUGAGUCUGCUGAGAUGGACAUUGUGGAGCCAAAGGUAUCUCACAGUAGCACAGGGGUGUCUCACUCAGUGGCAGCUGAUAGCGCACAGACGUUGUUGGCACGGUUGACCAUUUUAAAGGAGCGGGAAGCUCUAGCUGAGCAGGAGGUGGCCAGUAGGGCUAGGAUGGAGCAAGAGAAGGUAAGGAUUGCAGCUAGGAGAGAACAGUUGGACUUGGAGGAACAGUUGGUGAGCAUUGGUAGACCACUUACUGAUGCAGAGAGGCGAGCUCAUGUUAUUCAGGUACAUGAGCGUCCAUCCGAGUCUGAUAACGUGACCAAGGCACUAUCCCUGCACAUACAGCGGUCCUUGCUGCCGCAGUCAGUUUUGGAGCCGUUUUCUGGUAACGUCCAGGAUUAUCGUUUGUUCGUCAGGUCUUUUGAUACGCGGGUAGUCAACAAGACUACUGACCAGUGUGAGCUAAUGGCUUAUUUAGACCAGUACACGCGAGGACGUCCAAACCGGAUAGUAAGAAACUUCCUUCAUCUCGGAGAGGAUGGCUAUCAGCAGGCCCGACGUGCCCUUGAGCGGGAGUACGGUAACCCACAUACUCUCAUUGAUUCGUAUAUUGGGAAGUUACGGUCAUGGCCCAGGGUCCACCCUGGGGACGUCCAGGGCCUUGAUGGAUUGGUUCUCUUUUUGGUGGAAGUACAAAACGCGAUGACUGACGUCCGCAUGGGGGAGCUAGAGCACCCGCGGACUUUGCGUGAGGUGGUGCAGAAACUUCCCAACUUCCUCAGAGACAGAUGGCUCCGAGAGGCGGAUAUGCUGAUGGGUCGAGAGCAGGGUGGUGGCUUCGUGGGCUUCAGGGAUUUGGUUAGUUUCCUUGAGAGGGAGCUCAGGAUCCUGAAGAACCCAGUGUUCGGUGUCGGUGCCAGUGGUGAUCUGGGGGGUUCUGCCUCCAGAUCAAGUGACGUGCGUGAUAGACGAGCUGGCAAUCACAGGGUGAAUGCGUUGAACGUCAGUGGUGGAAGCCCUGGACGAGGCGGCAGGCCUUCUCCAGGCGGGGGUCGUGCGACGCCGGCUUCGAAGGCUGCUGAUAGUCGGCUUGGUGUAGGCGGUGCUGAACUACGCCCAGAGGCAUGCAUGUUCUGUGGGAAGCCUCACCGUACAGACGCAUGCGAGCAGCUACGCUGGAAACCUCUUGAGGAGAGGAAGGCCUUUCUUUUCCAGAAGCAGCUCUGCUUCGGUUGUCUGCAACCAGGACACCUGGCCAGGUCCUGUCAGUGCCGCUUGACCUGUGGCAUCUGUGGGCGCCGGCAUGCAACUCUGUUGCACAGGAGUCCUGAUCCGCAGAACUUAUCCAGUCCUGAGGUCUCGCCAACUGCACCAAAAAUUGUCAGUGCUGGUGUUGGAGUGAGUGAUGCCAGAGGCGGCUACACCAUGAUGCCUGUGGUGCCGGUGAGGCUGAUUGAUAAAGCUGGGAAGGAGGUGUUCACGAGCGCCUUCCUAGAUCAGGGCAGUUCGGGGUGUUUUGUAACUUCACGUCUGGCGAGUCAGUUGAGUUUAGAGAAGGACGAGGUGACCAUCACCAUCGACACGGUGACGAGCGAGGGCCGGGAGGUUAAGUCGGCGGUGGUGGACGGAGCUAAAGUUGGUCCCACUUCCUCUGACGAGACGUUUCCUCUGCCACCGUUAUUCACUCUCGACCAGAUCCCUGUCUCGAGGCAGGAUGGGUGUCACUCGGAGGAUUUGGAGAGAUGGCCACAUCUGGUCGGUAUACCGAUGCGUGACUUGGACGCUCCGGUAGAGCUAAUGAUUGGCUCAAAUGCCGCACAACUUUUGGUGGCUCAGGAGGUACGGCAUCCUGAGGAAGGGAGCGGACCUUGCGGGGUGAAAACCUGUCUUGGUUGGUACGUGAUCGGUCCUCGGUGCCCAGGAGUUGAAGGUGAGUGUGACUCGCGAGCACUGAGCAGUGGUGCAUUUUCUCCGUGUGACAGAACCCCGAGCGAGUAA